AUGUCCUUGAAAGUUCCCUGGAAUCCGGGAUACGGUGGUUCCAAACUUGCGCCAAUCAUUCGAAGGCGGUGGGGCGCGUGGUCAACUGAGGGGCGCUUGAACUUGUCUCUGAGAAACUGUGCUGUCGGCUUCUGGGUGUUAGCUAAGCCAACCCCAGGAACCAAGGCAAAGCUCCCAGGCACGACGCUGCGUGCUCCCGGGAGCUACAACAGCAGUCCCCAGGAGAUAUGUAGUCCCCAGGAAUGGUAA